AUGGUAAAGGUAUGUCAGAAAAAACACAUAUUUGGAGGAGCAUUUUUGCUGUUGGCUGCCAUGCUACAUAGUUCAACAUCUGAAGUUACGGGAAGAAAAACACAAGUAUUUGUCAAUCAGACGUCAUCUGCGCUAAUUCUUUCAAAAUCAUGGAAUCUUCGCUCAUGGACUCGGCUAUCAUUUAGAACUUGUUCAUUUAAUGGGGAAUUAUUGUCUCAGGAAGACAGUUCUGGACAAUUUCUUAAUCUUCGUUUAAAGAAUGGAUCAUUAGUGUUCUCAUGGAAUAUAUCCAAUAUAGCAUCAUCAGUCAGUGUUCAGGGAAAAUAUAAUACAAAUAAAUGGGUGACAGUGAGUUUCAGGUUUUUUCUAGGAGAGGUGUAUUUUAAUGUGACACAAGGACAGACUGUGUUACAUUCUAGUAUUAUAGCUAGUUUAACAACUAACCAAUAUUUAUUAAUGCAUAAUGUCAAUAGUGUUGAGUUAAAGGUGGGGCGAACUAUUGUCGGCUGUAUCAAUCAGGGACCCGGUGUAGACUUUAAUCUAGCUGUUAUAACUGCCACUAAUGUUAUAUGGAAUAACUGUUCUGUAUCAUCUUCACUUGGGUGUACAUUAGGUAUGUAG